ACUAGUACUUCGUAUCUCGCAUCGACUGCUAAUUCAAUGCUUGGCUUCCUAUAGAUUUAAUAAACGAUGACAGGUCAUAUAGCAACUACAAUUCCAAAGGCUCCCAUGAAAAGUAGCUGCCUACAGGAUAUCGUGCUUUGCUGAUUUUGCUAGAAUGAGUUUUCACCAAAUGCGUGCCUUGUUAUUCUUUGACUUCAUUUAUUUUUUAUUUUAUAAUUAAUCAUGCUUCUGCUUGGAUCAACUGUAGCUUAUCAAAAUGUUUUGUCUCCGACGUUGUGCUUCUUACAAGUGUGAAGACAAGCAUCAAUCAAGAAAUGGUAAAAAAAAAAAAAAAGGUGGCAGAGACAGUAGGGGAGAGAGAGAGAGAAGUCCACCUUUGUAGGAGGUUUACAGGGAUCCUAAAAUCUUGAGACGAGCAGUCUGGGGGAUUCGUGGAGUUUCCGGCGUGUAACGCUAAAUAACCUUUUGGCCGGAAGUUCUUCAUGAGAUAAAGAAAAAAAGAAGAAUGUCUUCAACCCCUGAUGCUCCCUCGCCAGAUUCUGGCUCCCCCCCUCCUCCACCAGCGUCACCACCACCUGAGAAUUCAACAUCUGCACCCCCACCUCAAUCGGAUACUCCACCACCAGAUACAUCAUCUCCUCCUCCACCAUCUCCACCACCUCCACCAGCGUCACCACCACCUGAGAAUUCAACAUCUGCACCCCCACCUCAAUCGGAUACUCCACCACCAGAUACAUCAUCUCCUCCUCCACCAUCUCCACCACCUCCACCGCCAACUAGUGAUUCUCGUUCUCCACCAUCUCCACCCCCUCCUAAACACAGAGAAGAUGCUUCGCCACCUCCUCCACCCCCUCCUAAACACAGAGAAGAUGCUUCGCCACCUCCUCCACCAAGUUCAGAAAACUCACAACCAGCACCUCCAGAUUCAUCAAAUAAUGGUGGAGGACUUACUUCAGAUCAGAUUAAAAUUGUAGUUGGCGUGGCAGUUGGUUUCGGUAUAUUCCUUAUUGCCUUGAUUUUCAUCUGUGCAUACUGUUCGCGCAAGAAGAAAAGAAAAAAUAGGCAUUAUUAUGGAGAAAAUCCUCAAGGAGGGAGUGAACAAUUUUCUUAUAACUACAGCGCACAGCAAUCAAACUGGCAAAAUGGUCCCCCAAAAGAACAUGUUGUGAAGCUAUCCCAAUCACCAGGUGCAAUGGGGUCUCCCUGGCUUGCACAACCUCCAACUCCACCGAUGGGGAACAGUGAUGAUAUGAGCUCCAUUAAUUCUGGCCCAUACCGCCCCCCCUUGCCGCCUCCGCCACCAAAUAUUGCUCUUGGUUUCAACAAAAGUACCUUCACAUAUGAUGAACUAGCAGCAGCUACAGGUGGAUUUGAUCAAGCCAAUUUAUUAGGUCAAGGUGGGUUCGGUUAUGUGCACAAAGGUGUGUUGCCUAAUGGGAAGGAGAUUGCAGUUAAGAGCUUAAAGGCAGGUACUGGACAGGGUGAACGAGAAUUCCAGGCUGAAGUUGAUAUCAUUAGUCGUGUCCAUCAUCGCCAUCUUGUAUCACUUGUUGGUUAUUGUAUUGCUGGAGGGCAAAGAAUGUUGGUCUAUGAGUUUGUUCCCAACAAGACCUUGGAACAUCACCUUCAUGGAAAAGGUCUUCCAGUCAUGGAGUGGCCGACUAGGCUCCGUAUUGCAUUAGGUUCUGCCAAAGGGCUUGCUUACCUUCAUGAAGAUUGCCAUCCUCGGAUUAUCCACCGUGAUAUUAAAGCUGCUAAUAUUCUUAUUGACAACAACUUCGAAGCCAUGGUUGCUGAUUUCGGAUUGGCUAAGCUGUCUUCUGACAAUUAUACGCACGUAUCUACCCGUGUCAUGGGUACUUUCGGGUAUUUGGCUCCUGAGUAUGCAGCAAGCGGCAAGCUGACUGAGAAAUCUGAUGUUUUCUCGUAUGGAGUCAUGCUCUUGGAACUCAUAACUGGGAAGAAACCUGUUGAUCCUUCAAGUGCAAUGGAAGAUAGCUUGGUGGACUGGGCUCGACCACUUACGAUUUCUGCUUUGGAGACUGGCAACUUCAUUGAGUUGGUCGAUCCAAUGUUGGAGAGCAAGUACAACCAUCAAGAGAUGCAAAGAAUGAUAGCUUGUGCUGCCGCCAGCAUUCGCCAUUCUGCUAGAAAGCGCCCAAAAAUGAGCCAGAUAGUACGUGCAUUAGAAGGAGAUGUAUUACUGGAUGUCUUAAAUGAGGGCACAAGGAGUACUGGCCAGAGCCCGAUGUUUUCCAGCUCGAACGGAAGCUCAGACUACGAUACAAAUUCGUAUAAUGCAGAUAUGAAAAGGUUCAGGCAGGUGGCGUUAGGUAGUCAGGGAUUUGGGAGCAGUGAGCAUGGAACAUCAAGCAAUGACUCCCGAGAAAUGGACCCUUCAGGGAUCCACAGGAAUUAUCAAUGAAACAGCCAGUCUAAUUACUAACCACAAAAAUGGACAAAAAGCUUAAAUGCCUAAAAGCCAAUUUAUGAGCCAUUUUUGGUGGUCAAGAACAGACAACGAUCGCAGACAUACAAAUAUAAAUGGUCAUUAUUUUUCUUUCAAGUGAUUCUGUUGAUUUGAAACUAGUUACUUGGUGUCUAUUUCAAGGGUUAACUCUAGAGAGGAGAGACUAAGUAUUUAGGUGGUACUAAUGAUUCUUGCUAUCUAUGUGAAAAAUGUUGAUGGCGCUCACCAAGAAACCCUAAUUUUUUGACUAAUUGAAUUUGUUUCUCUCAUCAUAUGUGGUAUUGUAAGGGUGGCCAUGCAUGGAUUUCAUGUAAUGGGGCGGACUCUAGCUUCUGUUGUGUGUGUGAGCUGUCUGUGUUAUUGUUCUGCUAUAAAAAGUACUGUGUUGUUAAA